AUAAUAAUAAUAACCUAUUUUUUUCAAUGCACAAUAAUAUAUUUAAGCUUUGUAAAUAUUAUACAUUUUAACAACAGUACUUUUGUAUGUACUAUAAAUCUUUCUGUGAAAAAUUUUAAAAAAUGUCUUCAUCAGACAGUUCAGAAGAAGACGUAUAUGAAAACUCUGCUGCUCGUUACUUAGCUUUGAAGGCUAAGAGCAAAAAAAAUUUUUGCGAUACUGAUGACAGUUUGCUGGAUGAUUCUAUCGACAUAGACUCACCGAAAAAAAUUGAAGACCCAAAGAAAAAAAAAUCGAAAAGUGCAGAAGAAAAAGAGCCGAGUCCUGAGAAACCAAGUUCUCCAGCUCCAGUUCAAGAUACCAUUGUUGUCGAUGACAUUCCAUCAAAACCAAACAGUCCAUCACCAUUGAUUGAUCCGAUAGUCAUUAUCGAUGACACCCCAGCUCCUAGAUCAAUGCGCCGAGCAGCAAAACGUUCUGGGCCAGUUACAAGAUCAAGAGCCAGAAAUAGUUUUGAAACAGAGCUGCCGAUUCAACCAGACUUGCCUACUAUUGUAUUAGAUCCGGAUGAUUCGUGUCCGUCGAUUAAUGACAGUGUUGUAAGCCCAUGUUCUGUCCGAAAAAAUAAUUAUUAUGAUGAUAUAUUAUUCAGUGAUGUUCAGGAUGAUGAAUCAUCUAUUGAAGUAAAAAUCCGAUGGACAUCUCGGGAUGUUAAGCGAUUUCACCUUGGAAAAGAUGAAAAUUUUUCCAAAAUUUUUGAAUAUUUUGCUAAUUUCGCCAAAGUAUCAGAGAGCCAAAUAUUGAUAACUCGUGGGGAUGAUAUCAUUAUGCCUUCAGAUACUCCAUCGUCAAUUAAUUUAAAAAUAAUCAAUAUUCUUGAAGGUGGGAUCAUAGACAAAAACAUGGUGGAUAACGUAGUUAGCGAGAAGGUAACGGAGCCGGUCUGUAAAAUAAAAAUCCAAACUGGAGCGAAAAAAGGUCUUUCAUUCGACCUGAAACCCACCGAGCCUUUCCAAAAAUUGUUCGAGUACUGCGCGGAGCAAAAUAACGUCAGCGUCUCCAAAGUAAAAUGUUUCUUCGACGGCGAUGUAAUUGAGCCGACCGACACUCCAGAGGCCUUGGACAUGGAAGAUCAAGCUUGUAUUGACCUCAAAAUAAUUACAUAAUUUCUGUAUUUAUUUAUUUAUUGUUCAAUUUGCAUUCUACAAUAUUUUAAAACACAAAAUCACAAAUUUUCCCCACCACUGCUGAGUUUUAUACAAUUAUUUAUAUUUUUUAACUGAGUAAUAAAUUUGAAUUUAAAUAAAAUA